CGUAGUUUGUGAGUUGUUGUUAAAACUCGAAUGUUUUGGUUUUCAUUCAUUUGCACUCGGGCGUAUUGUACUGUGCGUCUUGUCUUGUUUUUUAAAUAGAAAUUUGCUUAUAAGUGAUACAAAAUGAAGUGUGACGCGGAGGACUUGAUGCCCAGGAUGCUGCCCGUUGAGUUUGGAGAAGGUUCAACAGACGUGGACCUGAAAGCACCGCCGAGAAACCCUCAAGAAUACCUCCGACAAGUGCAGCUGGAGGCUUCAUUAUGUCCAGAAGUGGCAGUUGCUCAGAUUGACCCCAAGAAGCUAAAGAAGAAGAAACAAACAGUGAAUGCAUCUGUGGCAGAGUGUCAUGCUGCUCCAGUGGGUUUCUGUCCCAGUCUCAGCUGGCAACGGCAACAAGUCGGCCACUUCUCAGAUGUCAGACAGAGUAUCGCAAAGAACAGGAAACACUGGAGCAGCCACAAUCUGGAUGAUAACGUGCUAAUGCCAAAGCUGACAGAUGAGGAGGGAUGGAAGAGAUUUUGUUUAGGAGAGAAGGUUUAUCUCGGAACUUCACCCAGCCACACAGAUGCAGAACCAGAGGCAGCACUGGACUACAGCAAGGUGGGCUUCCCUCCCUUCCAAAGCAUUGUCAGCAGACUCAACCAGUCUACAGUACUGAUGGUGCUAGAAACUCUCAUCACUUGGUUUGAAGAACAAGACUUCGUUCCACAGUUGGGUCGCUGGUUGUAUGCAUUGUUAGCCUGCCUGGAGAAGCCUCUGCUUCCUGAAGCCCACUCCUCCAUCAGACAGCUGGCCAGGAGAUGUGCCCAGCUCCGCAGCACACUGGAGAGUCAGGAGGAUGAGAAACUGCCUGCCCUGAACCUGCUUAUAUGUCUUGUUGCCAGAUACUUUGAGCAGAAUGACCUGGCAGACCAGCCGGAGUGAACACACUUGUUUAGUGACUAUCAAUCUGAUUUGAAGGAGGAAUAUGUUGGAGGCCUUUGAUGCAGUAUUCAGACAGCAGGCUCAAGCAAGAAGAUCUGUCAAUGAGGUUUAUAGACGCUUAUGAAGACUUUUAAAAACCAUGGUCUCAGCGGUACACACUAUGUGGGUCCUGCGGUUUGAGAUGAGAGUUAAGGACCGAAGCCAAAGGGACUGAAUGACUUGUAUUAGCUGUAAUGAAUUCAGUUACUGCUGAUAAACAUGGAUGAGCUGUUAGAGCUGUAGCUCAUCCAAAAACCUGUUAGUUGUUUUUAACAGGAAGAGUGAACUAUUUCUUUGUGAGACUUUUUUCUUUAAGACAUGUCUAUUAAACUAUGAUGAUUUGUA